CAGGUCAUCCAACUAAAACAUCCGACUUCUGACAAGUUCUGUGGAAGAGUGUGUAACCAAGUCUGGUGCUGUGUAUUACACGGGCGACAUGGAAGGCUUUUCGGAGUGGUUUUGGGAUGAGAAUUUUUGGCUGACACCCGGUAUAAAAUGGGAGGAUUUAAAGUCAAAAACACCCGGAGUUUACUAUGGACAAUUUUCAGAUAUUGGUCUACCCUCGAUCUAUAUGGGUUUAUUUAUGACCGUCUUAAGAUUCGCGUGUUUUAGGUUAAUAUUUAUUCCUAUUGGAAAACACUUUGGAAUCAGAGUCAAGAGGCCGAGGAAUGCUACACCAAAUCCUGACUUGGAAGUAGAAUAUAAAAAAUCUAAAUUUCCUAAAGAUGAAAAAGUAAAGAGCAUGGUAAAGAAAACCAGUUUAACUGAACGAGAGAUACAGAGAUGGUUUCGAGUGCGGAGACAACAGGGCGCCCCCGGUAAUAUGCAGAAGUUUUGUGAAUGCAGCUGGAAUUUCCUGUUUUACGGGUCUGUGUUUGUGUAUGGAGUUUACAUUCUGUGGGAUGAACCCUGGUUUUGGGAAACCAAGUACUGUUUCAUAGACUGGCCUUAUCAGCACAUCUCCGAUGGUCUGUACUGGUACUAUUUACUUGAGAUGGGGUACUACUGGGGCCUUCUCUUCUCACUAGUGUUUGAUUACAGGAGAAAGGACUGGAUGGAGAUGACACUUCACCACGUUAUAACACUGGCCCUGAUGGGAUUCUCCUGGGGAAUCAACUUCUCUCGUAUGGGCUGUAUGAUCGUCAUCACACACGAUGUCGCCGACAACUGGAUGGCAAGUGCAAAAAUGGCCAAGUACUGCAAGAAGCAGACACUCUGUGAGGUGCUGUUUGGUGUGUUUAUCCUCCUGUGGCUGUUCACGCGAUGCUACGUCUUCCCCUUCAAAAUGUUGUACGCCAGUAUGGUGGAGAUUCAUGAGUAUGUGGAUCACUUCCCGGUACACAACAUCUUCCUGGGACUGCUGCUCUUCCUCCAAGUAUUACAUAUCCUCUGGACCUACUCCAUCCUCUCUAUAGCCUUCCAGAAGUUCACAGAAGGGGAGUUGAAGAAGGAUGUACGCAGUGACACAGAGGAUGAUGAUGAGGCGGAUAACAGCGACGACAACGCUAACGACUCGAUGAAAGACUUUAACACCAUUCUGCCUCACGUGGGUAAUGGCGACGCUGGUAAAGCCGACGGUCUCAUACAACGGAGGACAUAGGAUAUAUGUUGUUGUGUAUUCAGGAGCGUUGAGAAUGCUUCAAAAAUAAUUCAUAUUGGGAUUUGUGGAUAACUACUUGGUCCAAUUUUAAGUUGUAGCUGAUGUGGACACUCUAGUAUGUACGUAACCUUCACAGAAAGUGUAUCAUCUAGGGGAUCACCCAGGUGUCCCUUGGGUUAGUUUCUCCAGGAAACUGGAGGAUGUACAGUACACUGUAUCGUUCAUUCCAGUGAAGGAUAAUCAGAUAGCCGGCGAUAACCAUUCCACCCUCCCCGAUAUUGAUAAGACCGUGUGAUUGAUUCCUUCCGAGGUUUAUAAAGAUGUUGUCCAUUAUAAUUCCCUCCGAGGACCUGGGGAUCACAUCCAGAACACACCUCUGGAGAAAUAUGUACAUAUAACAAGGUCUUUUCCUGUGAAAAUCGUCCUUUGGAUUUUGCCUAGUGUAUAGUCCAAGAGUGUUCCUAUCAUAAUAACAGUUUUUGUCACAACUUUUCAUUUCCUAUAUAGAAUUAUGAACAGUCUUCUAUGCCAGCUCAGAUCAAAAUCCUCAAAAGAAAUUAAAAAGUUUUCUUCAAUGUCCUCAUAAGCACAAUGUCCAAUACAGUGAGAGCCGGAGGUGCUCAAAGAUAGCAAUCAAUCAAAUUUUUUGUGAGUUUAGCAGGACAAAAAAUACUUAUUGAGAAUCAACCAAAAAAACUUUUUAAUAUAAAAAAAGGAGAUUGAUAAUUACUUGAGCAAAAAAAGCCUUAUUUGUAGAUUUUCAUAGUCUGAACCAAAAUUCAUUUGUUUUUAAUGAAACAAAUUAAUUUGUUGUUUUUAAUGAAACAAAUGAUUGUUGUAUUAGAGCCAACUGUAUUGGAAAUCUGCUUACUGCAAUUUAUGUAAAAAAUAUUGUGUUGUAUACUGUUGUUUCAAAUUUUGUCCCAUUCAGUUUAUGAAAUCCUUUAUUUUUUAUCAUUUGUAUACAUGUAGUGGAGUAUAUUGUUCUUUAAUGUGGGGUACAACUUUGUUGGUUCAAGCUGUAGUUUAAUUGAUGUAUAGACGAGCAGAGGAAUCUAGUCAAUAAGGUUCCCACUUUUUAAAGCUUUAUUUAGAAGUGUGUAUAGACAAGCAGGAGAAACUAGUCGAUAAGUUUUCUGGAAGGACUUUUUUGUUUACGCAAAAUGACCGGUUGGUCUUCUUUUUAAUUCAAAUUCAGGUUUCGGUUUCGUUUAAAUAAAUGCUGCUGUAGAUUUUUGAAAGUCUUUACCAAGUCAAGUAAGACAUUCAGACUAGUAGGUCCCUGUUCAUCAAAGAUUAAAUCGGGUCAAACUGUUUAAAAUUUGAUCAACAGAAAUGGCCCUAUUUCAUACUUUAGAGAUAUGGUAUUACCUAACAAGCUAUGGUAUACGAGAUAUGGUAUUACCUAACGAGCUAUGGUAUUACCAAACGAGCUAUGGUAUACGAGCUAUGGUAUGACCUAACGA